GAUGCUGCUUCUGGUUUCUUGCCGCCCGAUGGAAUAAAAACUCCAACUAGCUCGUGACAGUCCACAAUUUCAGUUUAGUUUUGGUUCUGGGAGAGCAAAGAUGGCAACGUGGAAACCUCUACUGACGAUAGCGGUGAUCGUUUUGACCGCGGUCUGGUGUUGUCCGAGUUCUGUGAAUGCACAGGGGCGCUGCUCGCCCAAUCCGUGCCAGAAUGGUGCCACGUGCCGUGCGAGGUCACGUGAUCAUGUGUGCCUGAACUGUGAUCGCAGGCGUUUCCGCGGUCGGGACUGCGAGCCUGUUGAGAAUGAUGCUGGUCCUUGGGGACAAUGGAGCAACUGCAGCCCGUCAAGUGGAUUCCGGCGGCGACGGCGCGAGUGCAUCAAGCCCGUCUUCUUCUCUUCGCAGGGCCGCUUUGAGUGCAACGCCAGGCUUUCCGAGACGGACUUCUGCGGAACACCGCGUCCGCAACCCAGUGCUCCGCGGCCGAACCCUGGUGACGCGGGCCCGGGAGCAGAGAGGGCACCGAGCGACACCGUGCCGCCGACACCGGGGCCCGGGGACAGCGACACGCCAGUGCGGAGACCUGUUGGAGGUAAUCGCUGCUCCCCCAAUCCAUGCAAGAAUGGCGCGAGCUGCAGAGCGAGGUCACGCGAUCACGUGUGCGACGGCUGCGACAGGGCACGAUUCGGCCGCGGCCGUGAUUGUGAACCAGUUGAGAACGAUGCCGGUCCGUGGGGUCAGUGGGGAGCAUGCAGUCCGCGCAACGGGUUCCGUCGACGCUCACGCGAGUGCGUCAAGCCAGUCUUCUUUUCCUCCCAAGGCCGCUUCGAGUGCAAUGCCCAACUAUCGGAAACCGACUUUUGCGGACCGCCUGAAGUGCGCCCACCACCUCCUGCAGAUGGACCGCAGAGAGUGGCAGGGAAUGAAAUCCCGACCCCGGAGAGACCGACCAGGCGACCAGUCGUGGCAGGUGGUCGCUGCUCGCCCAACCCGUGCAGGAACGGAGCUCGGUGCCGUGCGCGAUCGCGUGACCAUGUCUGUGACGGGUGCAACAGAGCGCGGUACGGCCGUGGCAGAGAUUGCGAAUCAGUUGAGAACGAUGCCGGUCCGUGGGGUCAGUGGGGAGCAUGCAGUCCACGCAACGGGUUCCGCCGACGCUCACGCGAGUGUGUCAAGCCGGUCUUCUUGGGCCAGCAAGGCCGCUUCGUCUGCAACGCCCAACUGUCGGAAACCGACUACUGUGGCCUGCCGCAGGCACCGCCUGCUGGGCCUCAAAGAGCAGCAGGAAACGACGCCUCUCCCACUGAAGAGCCGACACAACCACCGACAAGGCGAUCAGUAGCGAGAGGUGGCCGUUGUUCUCCUAACCCGUGCAAAAACGGAGCCCGCUGUCGAUCGCGAUCACGCGAUCACGUUUGUGAAGGCUGCAACAGAGCAGUGUUUGGCCGUGGCAGGGACUGCGAGCCGGUUGAGAACGAUGCCGGUCCAUGGGGUCAGUGGGGAGCCUGCAGUCCGUCGAACGGAUUCCGGCGGCGACGUCGCGACUGCGUCAAGCCGGUCUUCUUGGGCCAGCAGGGACGCUUCGUCUGCAACGCCCGAUUGUCGGAGACCAGCUACUGUGGUCCACCGCAACGUCCCGCUGGGCCUCAAAGAGUGGGAGGGAACGAUGCGCCCACCACUGAAGAACCCCAACAGCCAACACGACCAGCUGAAAGGCGCCCAGUAACCGGAGGUGGCCGUUGCUCUCCCAAUCCGUGCAAGAACGGAGCCAGCUGCCGGGCGCGAUCACGCGACCAUGUCUGCGUGGGCUGCAACCGAGCCGUGUUCGGCCGUGGCAGAGACUGUGAACCAGUUGAGAACGACGCCGGCCCGUGGGGACAGUGGGGCGAUUGCAGCCCGCGCAACGGCUUCCGCCGGCGCCGGCGAGACUGCGUCAAGCCAGUGUUCCUGGGCCAGCAGGGUCGCUUUGUGUGCAACGCGCCAGUGUCCGAGACGCAGUUCUGCGCCGUUGGACUGACCACCAGUCCACGGGCAAGCAACCAAGCUCCAGAUCCCUGCUCCAGUCAUCAGUGCAGGAACGGUGGCCAGUGUGAAGCCUACCAGUACUCCGACAACUAUCGCUGCGUGUGUCCAGCUGGUUUCGGCGGUGACCGUUGUCAAGCAAGGGAGAACACCGCGCUUGCAGGCCCAUGGGGCGCUUGGAGCAGCCGCUGUGUGUUUGGCUGCCCGGGCCGGCGCUAUCGCAGACGCCAGUGCCGCAGCUUCAGCCAGAGCUUUGGCACGCGCCGUUGCCUAACCUCCACCACGCAACUGGAGCUGUGCGAUCGUGAAUGCAGCUAAUAUCCACGCACGAAAAGCCCGGAUCGAGUGUGUGCGCUCUGCACGUUCAUGCCGGCGGUGAUAAGAGCGAGCAGAACAUACAGUGACUGAACAAGCGUGCAGGCAAGGAACAGACCAACAUGUAUGGCCAUGCACCCUGCCAGCGUUCCACCCGGAUGUGAUCUUUCGCGAACGUGUACUUCUUUGCACGCAAGCAAAGAUCAGGUGCUUGGGCGUGUGUGUGUGUGUGUGUGUGUGUGUAUGUGUGUGUGUGUGUGUGUGUGUGUGUGUGUGUGUGUGUGUGUGCGUGUGUGUGUAUGCAUGGUAUGCAUACACACAUGUAGCAUGCAUGCAGGUGAUGUUAUCCUGGUCCAUCGGCAUACACUAGUGAUUGCUCUUCUACUUCACUUCCUUCGAAGAUCCUGAUCCUAAGUCCAUGCAGGAUGGGUACAAAACAAAUUCCUCAGCACAUCCAGCCUUAUUCUAAAUUCCAUUUCAAUUUUUCAAUUUUUUUUUAAUUAAUCCUGAUUUGGGCUGGUUUUCAACAAAUUUCACAGUAUUUGGCUUUUUUAUAUCCAGAUUUCAUAAUUAGCGCUAAGUGGUGGUCUGUUCGCUCGCUUGCCUGCGAACCAUGACGCCCCACAGCAAAUUUCACAGUAUUUUGGUUUUCAAUUUCAUUUCCAGAUUUCAUAAUUAGAGCUAA